AUGUCUAAAUCCUUGAAGCGCCCGGCAGAAAAGGAUCCGAACGAAACUUCUUUGUCUGAACCCGACAUCAAGAAGAUUAGGACUGCUAUUGCUUUGCCAGUGCGCUACCUAGGCGAAGGAGUCUCGGGGUCAGGCAAAAAUAUUAGCUGGUCCGUACUUCAGUGGACGAGUGAAGAAAAUCGAUCCCGCAGAAAAUGGCCUCGUCAAAAAGAUCCCAUUCGGAAUAUUGAGGAUGUACCUGCAGAGUGGAAUUGGGAUCCCAAUGAUCCAGAUCUCGAUCCAUGUGACAUUGACGCCAAUAUCAAGAGAUGUGAGGAGAGGAUCGAGGAUGGAAUCUUGCCUCAACUGUUUGAAAUAAGGUUGUCGACAUACAAGAUGCUAAGGGCCCACCGUGACAAACUGAUUGCUUCAGAGAAAACUGGGUUGGGUUUGGACGUUGUCAAACGGCUGGAUAGUCUGAAGGUUAUUGAGAAAGAUCUUGUAGCCAACGGGGAUACCUGGGAGUCGCUGCGCAAUGUGAGAGCAAUCAUAAAAGCCUACAGAUCUGGAGAACUGAAGUGGUCAAGAGAUGGCAAGGCUACGUACUGGUCUCACGGAAAGCAAAUCUGUGAGCCAAGGAUCUGGGACUACGACGACAUCAUCAAAGUCAAUCGCGAGCACAAGGGCUCAAAGGGUUUUUGGGUGGAAGGGAUACGAUUUGAAGUUCGAGUUCCCCCACGCAUGCCUGGAAACAAAGGGCCUUUCUGGAAAGGCUGGAAAGCGGAUUUCUUUGAUGAUACCGGGAGUGAUACCGCAACCAUAUUCGAGGACGACCUGGAGGAAAUAAUGAGCUUGGUUCCUGAGCGAAUCGAUGUACCAUUCAUCGGAGAUUACCAGUCGCAGUCUAUCGGUGGUAUUGUGACCAACAGAAACGCCGUGAUGCAAAUCUGA